AUGUCUUCCGCAUUCCUCGACGCCGUCAAGUCACGACGCACCUAUUAUCAACUUUCACAUGAAUCAACCAUCCCGGACUCUAGAAUCCAUGAGAUCGUCAACGAUACCAUCAAGCACGCCCCCUCAUCGUUCAACUCUCAAUCAACCCGCGUUGUCGUUCUCCUGGGUGACGAACACACCAAACUUUGGGAAGAAAUCGUCAAGCCAGCAGUGAAAGCCGUCGCUCCCCCUGAGGCAUGGGCAGGCUCUGAACAGCGAUUGAACGGCUUCAAGGCCGGAUACGGCACCAUCUUGUUCUACGAGGAUCCCGCCGAUGUUGCCAAGUUGCAGGAGCAAUUCGCUCUCUAUGCCGACAAAUUCCCCCAGUGGAGUGAACACACCAACGCCAUCCAUCAAUACAUCUUGUGGACCGCUUUGGAGGCUGAAGGUUUGGGCGCCAAUCUUCAACAUUACAACCCUCUUAUCGACGCCAAAAUCGCCUCUACCUGGAACGUCGAUCUAAAGUGGAGUCUGAAGGCUCAACUUGUUUUCGGCAAGCCUGCUGGCCAGCCUGGCGAGAAGGCAUUCAAGCCUCUUGAGGAGCGCAUUGCUGUUCACGGUGCCAAGAACUAG